AAUACCACACUCUCUAAAACCAUACCAACCAAACUAUCAAAAAUCCCAAAAAACCAAAAAAAGAAAAAAAAAGGUAAAAGAAUGAGAGAGAGUGAAGAAGAACCCUUUAAAGUGUAGAGAGAGAGAGAGAGAGAGAAUAAAAAAAAUGAAAAGAGAAGGGAAAAGUGGGGAAGGGGAAGCAGAAAAGGAGGAAAAUUUGGGAGAAAAGUUGAGGAGAGGGGCAUUAUUGGUAGGGAAAAGAGGGGGCCCAAGUACUCCAGUGCACUCUUGGAAACUUUGGGCUCCUCUUCCUCCUUCAACUCUUGCUGCCCAUGAUACCAUAAUUAAUAAUAAGGAUUACUUUCCUUUCUCUCACUCUCUUCCUUCUCCUUCUGCUAGAAAACUUGCUGCAGCACUCUGGGAGUUUCAGCACUACUUUCCACUCUCUAAAAUGCACCGAGGUGUUAGUAAUGGUGGUGGAGGUGGUGCUGACUCUAGGCUGCGCCGCCACCCACAUCACCAUUAUAAGCUCAGCAAGGACAAGGGUCUUGACCUUUCUAACUUUUUGGCUGAUAAUUCUCCUAGUUCUCCUGAGCAGCCAGGGAGUGCAAGCAGUUUGAGGAGGCAUGUUGCUGCAUCAUUGAUGCAACAUCACCGAUUAAUUGAAAGGAAUAAUCGUGCCCUGCAGCCUGUAUCUCCUGCAAGUUAUGGUAGUUCCAUGGAGGUGGCACAUUAUAAUCCUGCAGUCACUCCUACUAGUUCUUUGGAUUUUAAGGGAAGGAUAGGUGGAUCAAAUUAUAAUCUUAAAACAUCUACAGAACUGCUCAAAGUAUUAAAUCGGAUAUGGAGCUUGGAAGAACAGCAUGCCUCCAAUAUAUCAAUGAUAAAAGCAUUGAAAAUGGAGCUAGACCAAUCCCGGCUCAAGAUCAAAGAGUUGCUACGAGAUAGGCAAGCUGGUCGACAUGAGAUGGAUGAUUUGAUGAAGCAAAUGGCAGAAGAUAAACUUGUUCGGAAGAGUAAGGAACAGGAACGGAUCCAUGCUGCUGUUCAAUCUGUGAGAGAUGAGCUAGAAGAUGAGAGGAAGUUAAGGAAAAGAUCAGAGAGCCUACACAGAAAGUUAGCUCGAGAUUUUUCUGAGGUGAAAUCUUCUCUUUCUAAUGCUCUGAAAGAGCUGGAAAGUGAGAGAAAAUCAAGGAUAUUGUUAGAAGAACUCUGUGAUGAGUUUGCUGGGGGAAUUAAAGACUAUGAACAAGAGGUGCAUGCUUUGAAACAGAAAUCUGACAAGGAUUGGGCUGGAGGGGCUGACCGUGAUCGUUUGAUUCUCCAUAUAUCUGAAUCUUGGCUUGAUGAACGGAUGCAGAUGCAGUUAGAAGAAGCUCAGUGUGGUUUUGCAGGAAAGAACUCAAUGGUGGACAAGUUAAGCCUUGAAAUAGAAACCUUCCUUCAAACUAAACGCAUGGAUAACUCUAAGAAUACAGAUAAUCAAUUGCUGAGGGAUCGGCGCAAGUCACUUGAAUCUGUCCCUUUGAAUGAGGCUCUGAGUGCACCUCAGGACAUGGGGGAUGAAGAAGAUUCUGUAGGCAGUGAUUCACAUUGUUUUGAGCUGAAAAAACCAAGCAACAAUGACUUCAAAUCACACGUGGAUGAAGCUCUGGACAAUCAUAUUGAUGAAGCAGUGAAAUCAAAUGACAUGAAGAAAAAACUUGUUUCUCAUGAACGAGUAAAAAGUCGUACUCCCCCAAACUUGCAAGUUAAGUUUGAAGAACAGAUGUCUUGGGCUAUGUCAUGUAAUGGAAAUAAGAAGCCCCAGGUAGUGGAAACUGAACAGGGUAAAACUACAGAGGGGAAGCCAAUUGAUAUAAGCACAUUCCAAAUGUCUGGACAAUGUGAAGCCAAUGAAGACAGCAGUUACCAAAACAGGAGUAAACAUAAUGAAAUCCAUGGGUCGAAUUCAAGCUACAUGGUUGAUAGCCUAAUAAGGAGUCAAUUCUCAUUGUCAGAUGGUGUGAACAUAAAUCCUGAUAGUAAUUUCGGUGAGGCAUGCUGCAGUAACUCUGGAUGGAGGAACCAGGCAAGUCCAGUGCGACAGUGGAUGUCAAAAGUUAUAUCCCCAGAUCUUGAUGUCUCCGAGUCAUCUUCAAAAUUGCCUCCAGGCUUAAAGGAGAAUACUUUGAAGGCAAAGCUUCUCGAAGCAAGGACUAAAGGACCACGCUCACGUUUAAAAGCUUCCAAACGCAACUCUUAGCUCCUUGGGAUUCACUGGCUUAAAAGAUUUGAGGACUAAAUAUGCCUCGCCAGGUAGGAAUUUGCAUUCUGUGAAUAUUGGCCACGGUUCUUUUUCUGAUUUUAAAUAUCACUUUGUUUCUUUCACAUAGGUCUAUCUUGUCUAUUGAAAUUUUGUAAUUCAAGUCUGUAUAUGAGUGUAAACUGUAAUGUCACUAUAUAGCUACACGGAUAUGAAGGAUUUUCCAGACCACUACAAUUUUGAGUAAUUAAUUUCAGCCUGUGCACUAAAAUGAGGUAGCUAUCACUAUUUAGAAUCUA